UGAAAAAUAAACCGCUGGUUUGGGACCUGCUGCAAUCAGACUUUACAAAAAUCUAAAAAUCUACCUGUUUUCAGAAUUAUUUCACUCUCGUGUUUGUCUCUGAGUUUGCACGUUUUUAGCUAGCACCCCGUGCAUUGUUUGCUAGCAUCAGCCUUCACUUGCACAUGGUUUGAAUCCGUAAUUUAAACUAAUGAACGGAGUAACGCCGAGGAUGCGAUUAAUGAGCUGGUCGAUCACUAAAGUCAUAUCUAUGUCCGUAACCAGAGCUGAAACAAACGUUUUACGCAACCUUUUAACAGUUAGUCUCUACACACCGUUGUUCGUUAGCAAUUUGGUGCGAAAGUUAGUGGGUUAGGAUUAGUUUACUUAAGUACUACGCUGUGUAUACACCACAGCUGUUUUUAAUCUUAUUUAUCUGUUGCAACCUUGUGUUUACUUUUAUAGUAGUAAAUACCUGAGCAAGUAUUUUUAAUGAAUGAAAAACUUUGUUUCUUAAUUUUUACCUGCAUAAACAAGCAUCGACAAGUAGAUGUUUCAAGUUUUAAAGUGAAGCAAAAAGCAAAUUAGCAGAGUCAGGGGGAAGAUGUCUCAAGAUGCAACAACCAGGACAUGGCCCUUUAAGGUCCUCUAUUCAGAUCCACACAAGCAAAGCAUCCUAAGCAAAUUUGACAGGCUGAGGAAAAAGAACCUGCUGUGUGACGUUACUUUAGUCGUUGAAGAAGUGCCUUUCAAAGCCCACAAAGCCCUGCUGGCGUUAAGCAGCAACUUCUUCUCCCUCAUGUUCACAUCAGAGGAUCACAUAAGCCAGUCCACCUACAAUCUGGCCGGCAUGACGGCGCAGAUGUUUUCUACAGUGCUGGAGUUCAUCUACAACGCCCAAGUAUAUGUGGAGGAGAGCGUCACAGAGCAACUGCUGGCCACCGCCGCCCUCAUGGAGGUCACCGACCUUGUCAAGGAGCUUACUCAUCUGAAACAAUCUUCUACAGGGCUUCCAAGUGAAGAGGCAAAGAAAAGCAAUGCCGAGGUGCUACACAUGUCGAAACGCAAAAAAGGACGGCCAAAGAAAAGCGUGACCGUGCCCGUGGCCGGGCCGCAGGUGGAGAGACGUGCACCGUGCCCCGGCUCAGAGGAGGCACAGGCUGGAAGCGUGGACAGCGAAGACGCGGAACGUGCAGGUCACCACGCGGACGCGAGCCAGGGUCGGCAGAGCAAACGCAAAAUCAGGCCCCCGGUCAAGUACAGGAGUUACAAGGUGGCCGGUGACCCCACAGGAAGCAAAGAGCCUGGGAGGAGGGGCAGGAAGAGGAAGUACCCCAACACUGAUGCCCAGUGUGAGGACUGCGACAAAGUGUUCAAAAACCACCUCUUUUUAAAAAUCCACCAAAGAAUCCACACAGGAGAGAAACCGUUCCGAUGCCCAGACUGUGGGAAGGGUUUCACCCAGAAACACACUCUCCUCGUCCACCAGCGCAUCCACACCGGAGAGAAGCCGUUUGUUUGUACCGUCUGCUCCAAAGCUCUCUGCACCAAACAUUCCCUACAGGAGCACAUGAAUCUCCAUAAACGAGAGAAAUCUUUCGACUGUGAUAAAUGCGGUAAAACCUUCACUCAGAAGAGGCAGCUUAAAAGUCAUUACAGAGUUCAUACAGGUAAAUCACUACCAGAAUGUGCUCAGUGCCAUCACAAGUUCAUGGACACAGCUCAGCUGAAAAAGCACCUGCGAACUCAUACAGGUGAGAAGCCUUUCACCUGUGAGAUUUGUGGGAAAUGUUUUACAGCUAAGAGCACGCUGCAGACACACAUAAGGAUUCACAGAGGUGAGAAACCCUAUGACUGCAACAUCUGCAAGAAGUCUUUCUCUGACCCCAGCGCGAGAAGGCGGCAUGUCGCUUCCCACUCAGGAAAGAAACCCUUCACCUGCACCUUUUGCAACCUCUCCUUCACCCGUUUGGACAAUCUGAAAACACACACCAAAUCCCACAGCAAGGAACGAGCUGCAUCAACAGAGGCCCCGUCUGAGGCAGCCCCGGACGAGGUGCGGAACAUCCUGCAGCUGCAGCAGUACCAGCUGCCGCCCAGCUCUGAGCAGGAGAUCCAGCUGGUGGUGACGGCGGACGUGAACAACAUUAACUUUGUGCCGGGGCAGGAUCAGGAGAUCAGCAUCAUCACCACAGACGGCGAGGCGGCGGAUGCGGCUCACCCCAAAAUCACCCUGCUCACCCAGCCCACAGGACACAUGCAAAACGUGGCUCUGGUCGCGCAGGGCGGCGUUGUGGAGCACGGCCCUCAGAUUCAGACCAUCAGUAUGCUGGAGGGGCAGAUUAUGCACCAGCCCGAGCAGAUGCAGGUCAUCACUCUGAGUAAAGAGGCCAUGGAGCACCUACAGGCCCACCACAGAGCCCCACAGUCCAGACAGGCGAUGCACCAGCCGGUCCAGCAGCUGGCCAUCGCUCAGGAGACCCCGCAGGGCCCGGCGGGCCGGGAGCAGCACAACCAGGCUAUUCACAUCAGCAGCCAGAGCGGCCAGCCCAUCUCCAUCAGCCAGACCAGCGAGCAGAUCUCGAGCCACCACAUCCAGGGACAGACGUUUCAGAUCCAGGCAGGAACCGUCUCCUACCUCUACACCACCGGGCUGCAGCAGGACAGCUGAGUGAGGGACAGGACAGAACCGCAAGACACGGGACCGACAGACAAUGACAGGACAGACCUGUACUUCUGCACUUGAAUAGGUCUUAUGGUUAAUACAGGAAAACUGCCUAAUUAUUACCAGUGCAUCUAUAAUACAAUAUUAGCUCCAGUAUGAAAAUAACAUAAUAACAAAACAGUAAAAUCAUUACAUGAAUAAAAUGUGUUUAUUUAUA